CCUGCCUUCCUGCACCCUUGGCCCGCUGCUCUGUGGAACGUCCUACAACAUCACUGUGGUCGCUAUGGAUGACACAUGCAGUAGUGCCAGGAGUGUUACCACUCAGUUACGCUCGGCUCCCUGUGCUCCCCAGAAUGUGCAAGUUCAGAUGAACUGUACAGCCAGUGCCAUGACUGUAACCUGGUCCGCCAAUCCAGAUGCAGAAUACUUCAUUGUGGAGGCAGGGGGCAGCAACACCAGCCUGUCUUGUAACACAUCGGGCAUAAGCUGCACAAUCAGAGGCCUGGUCUGUGGUUUGUCCUUGUCUGUGACAGUGAGGGCAAUUCGGGGCAGCUGUCAGAGUGUACCCAGUGCAGCUAAGCUUGUUUCAACAGCUCCAUGCAUACCUCAGGGUCAGAGCGGCAACCUUGACUGCGUGACCAACUCAGUCUGGGUGUCGUGGCAAAAAGCGGCCGGUGCAGAGUCAUAUCAGGUGUUAGCGGUAUCAGGGGGCGGCGCUAGCUCCAACUGCAGCACCUCUGACCUUUUCUGUAAUGUCCCCAGCCUACUGUGCGGCACGCAGUACACCUUCCAACUUACUGCCAUAAACUCCUGGUGUGCCAGCGGGCAAUACAACAACUCCUUCAAUAUCGAGACAGGGCCCUGCUCUCUGAAGGGCAUCAGCGCUGUGACGGAUUGCCGUAGCAGCUCCAUAAGAGUCAGCUGGCUCACCCAGUCAAGCUCAUCCAUCCUCCUUGUCACAGCAGAGGGGCAGGACUUCAGCUUCCUUCAGUGUAACAGCACCGGUACUUCCUGUGUGCUUAAUGGUGCUCGCUGUGGAAUGAAAUACGCCAUCAUAAUCUCCACCAGCUCGGAUAAAUGCAACAGUCUCCGCAGUUCUCCAUAUCAUCUCCAGACGGCUCCGUGUGCACCUCAGGCACUGAGUGUGACACCUCAGUGUGACACACAGGGUGCGUUCGUGACCUGGGCACCAUCUAACCUCGCUCAGUCCUACUAUCUAACAGCUACUGGGGGGGAUGGCGAUGUCCAGAACUGCAGCGGCAGCAGGGAGAACUGCACCCUGAGCCGCCUGCGCUGCAGCCAGUCAUACACGCUCAGCCUGAUCGCUUCGGAUGGGAACUGCACCAGCCCUGCCAGCCAGGCCCUCACCUUCCUCACAACUCCAUGUGCACCUCUGAGCCUAAAUGUGUCCGUGUCAUGUGGAAACAGCUUAGCUACACUCUCCUGGUCCACCAGUGGGGGCUCGUUGUUGUACUUUGCCUUGGCAGUCAACGCACAAGGGGACAAACGUCAAUGCAUCACCACAAAUACUUCCUGUACCAUAGCAGGGCUUCAGUGUGGGACAACGUAUAACUUCAGUGUGCAAGCCUCAGAUGCAGUGUGCAACAGUUCCCGCAGUUCAAUAGUGCAGAGAGGAAUAGUGCCGUGUCCCCCACCAUCAGUAACCGUAGCCACUCGCAAUAUGGAAAAUACCUCACUGGUAAGAGUGAGCUGGAGCACUGUGAGCUGCUUGGCUGUCCAGUACCUGGCAAAACUCAACGGCCAGUUCCUCUACGGUCCCAUCGCUCUCGUGCAGGUGGCGUCCUACUGGACAGACCAGACAUAUUUCGAGUUCUUGCUGCCCUGCAACAUCUCCUUCUCAGUGGAGGUUGUUGCUGGGAGUGGAGCAGGAUACGGAGCGUCAUCCGUUGCUGUUAAUGGAUCUACAGGUUUCUGCACAGUGUACAGUUCAAACACCACAGGCCCUGUGUCAGGCCGUCGUAGGAGAGAUUUGCGAGAGGCAAAGAAUCUGGCUGGACAAGAGGAUGGAGGUGAGCUGUCAAUGCCUAAAAUCCUGAAUGCGACUGUCGAGGGCGUGACCCUACAUGUGGAAUGGGCACCAGUCAACGGUGCAAGUUAUUACACCCUGAUUGUGAGGGAAGAAAAUGAAUCUCAACCCUUCAGUGUAGUACUUACUGUCCAAGGUGAGGCCUCAGAUGUCCGCGACCUUAAACCUGCCACGAUCUACUGCGUCACCGUGUCUGCCAAGAGCUCCACUACGAAUAGCACAUACUCCACUCCAGUGUGCAUCACAACUGAGGUUCCUAUCUGAAUCACAAGAACCUUCAAUAUGAUCACCGGCUCAUCCCUGCUAUUAGAACACCUGUAAUAGUGAGCUACUCAUUAGUUAGAUACUUAAACCCAAGAUAGACCAUGAAAAUAUUAGUACCAGAGUUUGUUGACCUCCAAUAUUCCUUUCACAUACUAAUAAUGUUAUUUUCAUUAAAGAACCAAG